CAAGGUUCACCUGUGGCCAAUCAGCGAAAUUUAGGCCCCUCGACUUCCAAGAUGUCACCAUGGCCUGAGAAUCAAAAUGAACCUAAAGCACCUGAUAAAAAUAGUGACUCGGACAAUGUUACUGUUAAUUCGGGUUCACGAACGAAAAUUCCUAAUUCAGAUGUAACCGAUAGCGACAUUCCGGAUCAUAUCGUUCCAGAGGAAAAGCUGGCAGAAACAACAACUACUGGAAGAGAAAAAGUAAUGACUUGUCCGAAAGGUCACUCACUUCAGAAUAUAGUAUUUGAAUCAUCAAAUGUAGAAUCGAAGCAAGGACAAGGAAUUUCUACAAAAUCAAGUCAAGACUUUGGAGCCUCUUCAUCAAAGCCAGUGCAAAAGCCUCAAAGUGUAGGAACUCUGACAUUAGUACUAGGAUUUCCAGAUGGCCCUCGAAAUACCUCGAAAUCUAGUACAGGAUUCCUCGAGUGUGCAUCUUCGUCGAGAUCUAUUACGGUAUCUCACGAGAGUACACUGCCAUCUAAAUCGUACCAAGGCGUUCAGGAAUUCCCUUCUACUUCAAAAUCGAGCCAAGGAACUAACUCUAAAUUGAAUCAAGGAGUUCAGCCAGUUGAUUCCUUGGAUGAAGACGGCUUGAAAUCUUUGCUUGAGGAGGCGAUCACUUACAAGAGUCCGAAGGACAAGGACACCAAAAGUGCCCUUUUUCAGAAUCUGCUGAUCGAAGCAGAGAAAAAUGACGACAGUGACCAAACUGAUGAUGACAGUACCAGCUUCAAGUACCAGCCGCUGGGUUUGGGGCGCAACCGUUACGGUAACCCUGCGCCCCGCAAACGACUCAAUCGCCGUGAUACGGAUCGCCAGCGUGGAGGUGGUUCCUUACAGAAUUUGUCGGGCGGUGCGAAGUUCGGUGCCGUAUCGGCAAGACAGCGCGAAGGUGGCUCUCUGCCAACCAAUGUCAAUCAGUCGAUGAUACUCGAUGAUUCUCUCUGCAACUUCACGACCAGAGCGACGCUCCAAGUUUCUGGUGGAAGGCCGUCUCCCGUCGACACUCCCAUAUCGAUCCCAAUUACUGCUGCCAAAGUGACAUCCUCUGUCAUUAAUGGCGUGGAGCACGUGCCAUUGCAAUUGCAUUCCAACUAUAACGCUGUAAAAUCAGUUGUUGGCUCGGAGACAGCCUUGAAAAGCGGUUCUAGUACUGAGAAUACCACGCAACAUGUCAGUACUUGUUUUGUGCCAAUUUCUCCGCAACAAUCUACUAUUACUUCCUUGCGGGACACAGACAUGCGCCAAUUCCCCACGUAUAUAACAACAAGUACGGGCGUUGAAUCUAAGAAAUCACUCGAUGAAAAUGGCAAUGCUUUGGGAACAACUAACAAAGUUGAGACCAAUACUUCCGAACGCAAAACUAAAAGGAAAAAGAAGAAUUAUCGUAACAUCGUGAACGCAGAGAACAUAGAGGGUCAUCGUUGGGAAGAAGACAUAGAUUCGUUGAUGAAAUACAUCAAUUCAGGCUCCGGCACUACCGAAGAAUGCAAAUCACAGAAAUCACGUCAAGUGCGGCCCACCAAGUCCAAAGAAGACGAAGGACGGAAAAGGCGUGCAGGCAAGGAAUCAGAGAGAAAAAUACAUAAGUCGAAUAGCAUGGAAGAAAUAUCCAAAACCAAACUCGAAGAUUUGACUAGUCCUAGUCAGAAAACUACCGAAGAAAACAACACACGUGUUAAACCUAUCAAGCAAGUGACAUUGGAUGAUAAUGAGUUGGAGGCGAGCUGUCGGACUGUAUCAGUCGAACAGAUCCAGGUCAUCGACCACAAGAAACCUCUCGAAAAAGAAAGCUCUGACCUGCAAGAUUCAGAAUUUCACUUGGUAUGUAAAAAGAAACAACGUAAGAAGAAACGCCAAGCCAACAACUUUGGCCGCCAGGGCAGAGGUGCGUCCCAUUCCGGGUACUGUCCACACCAAGGCUUCCCGUCACACUAUCGGCGCAGUGCAAAGACCAUUCAGGAUCGAAUACAACCACGCAGGAAGUCAGCCUCGUCUGUUCCACCCUCCGACAAGUCGGACAGUUCCGACUUGGAUAGUGUGCACUCCUUGCCCGUAUCCUCCACAACGCCUAAACCAACCGUCGGCAAGACAUCUACUUCUGGUGGGUCGACUCCUCAGGCGUCCUACGCCGAUAUUACGCGAACCAUGAGCAUCCAAGUAUCGUCACCGCCGCCCGCUCCUCCCACACCUCCACCACCACCCCCACCACUGCCCACUACCCUGUCACUGUCCGCGCCUCUCAGAAAGGACGCGAUGACUGAUACCGACAGCGACAUGCUACUACUACCAGUAGAAGAAUACCCGCCACUAGCAAGGAAAAUUGCCACCGGUGAACCUAUCGUUAGGAAAACUGCAUCAGGUGACUUAUUCGUCGAGUUCACCUUCAAGCGCAACCGGGCCGCAACCCGUGAUACUGACAUUUCCCUAGAAGAGACUAUUACCGUUACUAAAUCUAGUGUUGUAAAUAAAAAAGAUUCGAUUGAAAGAGUGGAUAGUGAUGCUAGAAAAGAACAAUCUGCUAGUAGCAAAGCAGCGGCGGAUAAGAGGCCACCAGUCAUUUUGAUGAACCGCAGUGGCCGUUCUUCUCCUAAGAAAACGCUCGAUGUCACUUUUGGCUUCGAUAUCAACCGUGAGCUGCUGGCGACGCCCACCAAAGAACCCUACGAUCUUGAGAAGACUGUUAACUAUGUUAAAUCUGGUAAGUCAUCACUUUUCAUUAUACUCGAUCUAAUAAAGCCCCGUGUUGUACAAUGUGCCACUUACUUUAUCGAAUUAACUGUAGUAUUAGUAUUUUAGCAAUCUUUUUUUCAAUUAAAUUUAUUUACAACUCACAAAAACAAAAUAAAACAAAUUACAAUAACUUGAACCGAGCUCAAUAACAGUUAUAUUGAAAACAAACAAAUAAAGACACAAUUUGUAAAUGUUGUGGUGUACUGAAGACGAACUAAGAGGAAACAAUACAUUGCCAACUAUGUUAUCGCAUGUAAUAGGUAAUGUAUUUCUAUAUGUGUUGUAUUUAUUUAUCAAAUGUACAUUAUGAGGAUCGUUCUGAAUUAUCGAAUGUUCAAGUGGACGAUUUUUACGAGGGAUUAUAAUCACAGUUGUACUGUACAAGUAUUUAUCGAAUUUAUUAAACUAUUCAAUAAAUUAUCAGAAUUCUGUAGUGAAGCAAAUAUUGAGGCAUGUGGGAUAGGGUUCAGGCUGAAAAACAGGAUUUUUGUCAUUGUAUGAGUUUACCGUUGGCCUUAUGGUGAUGUAAUAUAUUCUUUGAAAAUUUCAAGUCGAUAAGUUGCUUGUGACCAUUGAAUACAAUUUAAUACUAGCGGGGUAUUAUAGCAUUGAUAUUCUAAAUAAAUGACUAUCCUCUCAAAAGAAAUUUGAUAAAUACUUUAAAUCAAUUUGGUUUGUUUUAUGCUGUACACCUUCCAACCAGAAUAACAGCAAAUAAUGCUACAGCUAUAGAUAAUGCAGUUACAAAUAUUCCUGAAGAAGGCUAUAUGGUUAGUGUUUUGCAUGCAUUUAUAUCUGAUCACACAGCUCAAUUAUUCUCUGUAUUUCAUAAGGGAGUAAAAUAGUUCAACAGAUGUGCGCAUGAUUGUAAUGAAAAAACAUAGAAUGUUUGUGUUGUAUCGUAAAUAAUGAAAUAAUCUCUUUACUGAUGAACAUCCAUUCUAUUGCUGUAAACUGUGACAGGAACUUGACUCGUAAAAUUGAAUAUCAUAUGUUCUGUUUGCUCAUGACAACCAUAUGAUCAUAAGACUAAUAAGUAAUAGUUUGAGACAGACAUUAAGUGUUGAGAGCUGGAAGUCGGUCCAUGACCAAUCCGAUCCAGAUCUACAAUUGAUGAAUUUCUAUAGGAUUCUGCUCUAUCAUUUCAAGAUACAUUGUCCGGUCAAAACAGUCAGCAAGAGAUUGAAUGAUAAUAAUCUAAGAAAACGUUAUGAAAGGUCAGUGGAUGACUAAGGAGAUAGAAGUAAUGAGAUCGUCUAGAGAUAGCAAAAAGCAGAGUUAGUGAAGGAGUGAACAUAGACAUACAGCUACUUAAAAAAGUAAAUGAGCAAUAUAACAAUAAGGUUGAAGAGGCGAAGAAAAAACAUUUUAGUAAAUUUAUAAUUUCCUCUGCCAACAUAUUCAAGUCUAGCUAAGAGACUGUAAAUAGACUUAGAGGGUGUAACAAAAAAGAUCAAUGCCCACCGAAAUUUAAUAUCAUGAUAAAUUGAGUACAGAUUGCAAGUUCAUAGCAGAGACUUUUAAUCAUUUUUAGUAUCCAUGGCUCCAGCAAAUUAAAACUCUGUAGCACAUGAAUCCUCAAGACAGAAUAGUCAUGAAGAAUUUUUUCUUUUUCCUACAAAUGUCAAUGAGGUUGAUGGAGUUAUAAAAAACCUCAAAGCUACGUAGGGGAGGGGUCUUUUUAUAUGUUUACCUCUUUACUACCCUUAAUAGAACUGCGGGGUGGAAAAUUGUCUUCCAAACAUUUCUCUCUAUACCCUUUUUUGAGCAUUCAUUGCCUGGACUACAUACUCUGGACUUCAUUGCCUGGACUAUUGACUCUUAUUUUCAAAUAUGGCCGAAUAUUUUACAGUGUGUUUCCAAACUCCCUACCAAUAUUCUAGGGUAUUUUUCCUGGGUAAGAAACAUAUCUAAAUAACAUUUUCAAACUAUCCGAAAGUCCUUAGUCCUCACACAGCCGCCAUUUUGUUUUUUGUAAAUAAUGGCUGAACAUUCGGUAGAGAAACUUUGCACAAGCAUUCAUGACAACUAGAUAGAGCCACACAAAUUCCAAAUUCAUAAAACAAGAUGGCGGCCAUUUAAAAUGUUAUUUCUUGAAUACAAAAAACCGUUGAUUUUACAAAAAUACAAGAAUAACAUUUUUGGGAAAUUCAAUUACAAAUCGAGUGCCACCUUAUUUUCUAAUAUAUGGCAUCUUUAGUGAUAGGUGACCGCUGAAGGUUUGUUACAAUGCACGCCAAGAAGUAUCACGUUUAAUGAUAUAUUAUGUGAAGCGUCAGAAUGGGCCAGUGGUUUCAAGUAUUUGUGAACGUAUUAUUGAACAAUAACGUUGAAGUUUAGUGUGGGGAAGUGAAAGUAUUGUUCGGCUACUUACCUUGUUCAACUGGGUUCGUUUCAUCGUCGUUUAAAUGAUAUAAUAUGUUUAAGUCAUUGAGUAUGUUAUUUCAAGCUAAUCCGAACAUGGUUCUUGAAAAUAUUUUGUUAAAAUUGGAAUUCUGGUCAAAAUUAUGUAAUUUUAUGAUUGUAUAUUUAGUAAGAACAGAUGUAUCGGCCAGCAGCAGAUCAAGUUCAUCUUGAAUCACAGCUUUAAUAUGUUGAUUCAUUUCGCUGGCUUCUUGUUUAUUAUAUGUGUUUAGCAGAUUUAAAAUGCUAAUACACGUUUUUAACGACUGUAAAGUGUGUUAAACAAUCAGUUCUUCUCUGUUAUUACUCUUUUUGUUUCUUUGUUCAUUUCAACAACUACUAUGUUUAUUUGUGUGAGAUCAAAUAUCAUUUUGUUUAUUUUUGUCAAAUUAAUUACUACGUUCUUUGUGUCAGAUUAAGUAGCACACUGUAUCUUCCUUUCAAUGGUGCUAUUCUGCUACUAUUGCAUUAUUCAGUUACUAUUUUAGUUGUAUGAUUCAUCAUCAAAUUGAUUUUUGGGUCACAACUCAUAAGAUCCGUAACAGAUGAUAAUUGAUCAUUUGUUUGUUAAAUUUCAAAGUCAUUCAGUUUUUCCAAUCAUAUGUAUUAUUCAUAUAUAAAUUAAACUUAUAUGAAACCCGCGUACAGAAUUUAACUCAUUUUUCCAUGUUGCUCAUUUUUGAUUGCCUUGUAUUUUAACGUGUAUCUCUAGUAGACGUGUACAAUCGUUCUGCUGUUUGAAAUGCAAGUCUUAGUUUACUAGAAAUGUAAGAUUAAGGGUGGUCACUAAUGACAGGACAAGUGUGUUGAACAUAAAAGAAACAACCAAUUAUAAAAACCAAUAAAUGAACCAUUAGAAAAUUAUUAAAAACUAGCAGGUAACUCGAGCUCCACAAGGCUCUAAUUGAAAAAUGGACAAACUGGAAACUUGACCUACUGAAAUAUUGCAAAAUUUAAAAUAGGCCUUCAGAUUAAGAAUCCUCGCUAAAUUAAGAAUCAAUAUGCAAAAUUUCAUGGAUCAAGUAGUUCAGACGUGAUGAUGACGUGAAUUUCCUAUACCGCAUGUUGUAACAUUAUUUUUUUCAGUAACGUGUUGCCC